AUGAAUUACAUGAAGUUUGCUGUAGAUAACUACGACGAGGCUAAAAGGGAGGAUCCACUACAAUACAAAUAUAUGAGAAACCUGCGACUUUUCUCGUACACUUAUGGAAUGUGGCCGGGCGAUGCAUUAGGUGAAAAUAUGUCGAUGUUUUUCCGCCUGUUCAAAAAAUACGUGCCGUUUCAAGCGACCGCUAUAUUUAUCGGCGAAAUCAUUUACCUGACGAGGUACGCUAAGGUCCUGGAUUUCUUCAACAUCGGCGAAGUAUGGAUCACAACGUGUCUAACUGUCGUGGUUCUUGUCGCUGAACAAGUAGACACAAUAUCCCACUACUAUGUACUGGCAGUCAUACCUGUUCUACUAAGUGUCAUUCUACUGUACAAUGUGCCAUCGUUUUGGGAGAACGUGUCUCAUGGCGCGUUCCAAAUGCCGACACCACAUAAUAUAACGCUUCGUUUCUCUAUUAACUACGAGUUCCCUGGAUUCAAAUUGGAGGAUCAUUUUAUAUUUGUGACGAUACUUAACUUGACCGUCUGCUAUGGUUGUACGGUGAUCAUCCGUACCAUGGACCUUAUGCUUAUCAUGAUGAUGUUUCAAAUCAUUGGUCACCUACUCGUACUAAGACGCAAUCUGAAUGAUUUCCCCGUACCGAAUAAUGUGACUGAAAUUAAUAUAGGGAGAAGAAGAUAUACUGUUAAGAUGUUUAGUAAGAAGGAGAACGAGUUUUUACAUCGGCUUAUCGUGAAAUGUGUUGACCAUCAUAGAUUUAUUGUGGUGUUCGUAGACGAGAUCACAACAUUCUUUGGACCGUUGCUAGCUUUUGUAUGUCUGUUUCAGCUUUUUUCGUCUUGCAUUCUGCUACUUGAGUGCUCCAAGUUGGACUCUCAAUCGCUGGCUCGCUUUGUACCCCUCACUAUAGUGUCAGUUACCCAACUCCUAGAGAUUUCUAUUAUCUUUGAGAUCGUCGGAUCCAUGGUAAUUUAUAAUUAA